ACAUUUGGUGCACGCGGUGCCAGAGAAGAGGUUGGCGCGCAGGACAGAGGGCGGUCAAAGCAGCCUUCUGUUGCACUUCUAACCACAUUUUCCCCCCCUGCGUCCAUGCCGGACGCCUUCCCCUCCUCCUCGCACUCGAAGCCCGCUUGGGUGAUGCCAUGCCACGGAACCACGGCGGAGAUGAAGGCGGCGCCGGGCUCUGGAUGAGGACAUCGCCGGGCCACCGCAGCGACGGCGCGAAAGAUGUCGAGUCCGGGGGGAUGAUGACGAUGAUGAUGAUGAACAACAACAACGCCGGGGACGGCUUGCUGUCAGCCUCGAACGCCGCCGGCGGCUCCGACUGCCUGCGAGGGAAGCAGGGAGCCCGGCUCAGCCUGCUGGGCAAGCCGCUCAUAUACAGCGCGCAGAGCGGCCGCAGGAACGUGCGCUACCGGCGGCUGCAGAACUACCUGUACAACGUCCUGGAGAGACCCCGAGCUUGGGCCUUCAUCUACCACGCCUUUGUGUUUAUCUUGGUCUUCAGCUGCUUGGUUCUGUCUGUCUUCUCAACCAUUCCAGCUCAUCAGGACUUCUCCUCUGAAUGUCUUCUCAUUCUGGAGUUUGUCAUGAUCGUGGUGUUUGGGUUGGAGUACAUCAUCCGCAUCUGGUCAGCAGGAUGCUGCUGUCGCUACCGAGGAUGGCAGGGGCGACUCCGGUUCGUCAGAAAACCUUUCUGCGUCAUUGACAUCAUAGUGCUGAUUGCUUCAGUGGCGGUGGUGUCGGCAGGCAGCCAGGGCAACAUCUUUGCGACUUCAGUCCUCCGUAGCCUUCGAUUUCUGCAGAUCUUACGCAUGGUGCGGAUGGACCGGAGAGGAGGCACAUGGAAGCUGCUUGGGUCUGUGGUAUAUGCACAUAGCAAGGAACUUGUCACCGCCUGGUACAUUGGCUUCUUGGUCCUCAUAUUUUCUUCAUUCCUCGUCUACCUGGUGGAGAAUAAGUUCAACAAGGAGUUUGCCACGUAUGCGGACGCCCUGUGGUGGGGCACGAUCACCCUGACAACCAUUGGCUACGGGGACAAGACACCAAAGACUUGGACAGGACGGAUGCUGUCUGCAGGGUUUGCACUUCUAGGCAUCUCUUUCUUUGCCUUGCCAGCAGGUAUUCUGGGCUCAGGUUUUGCUCUGAAGGUCCAGGAGCAGCACAGGCAGAAGCACUUUGAGAAGAGGAGAAACCCUGCGGCAUACCUCAUCCAGUGUGUUUGGCGUAGUUAUGCGGCCGACGAACACUCGGUUUCCAUCGCUACCUGGAAGCCGCACUUGAAGGCCUUGCAUACCUGCAGCCCCACAAAAAAAGAACAAGGAGAAGCAACUACAAGCCAGAAGCUGAGUUUCAAGGAGCGUGUCAGGAUGGCGAGCCCUCGAGGUCAAACCAUCAAGAACAGGCAGACUUCCGUGAAUGACCGCCGCUCACCAGCGGCAGACGUCGGUGCAGACGGCACUAGUCCUUCCAAGGUGCAGAAAAGCUGGAGCUUCAAUGACCGCACACGAUUCAGACCCUCACUGCGUCUUAAAAGCCAGUCCCGAUCCACCACUGAUGCAGACUCAAACAUGACUGGAGAAGAUGGUUUUGAUGAGAAGGGUUGUCACUGCGAGAUCUCAGUAGAAGACUUGCUGACCUCUGUCAAGUGUGCCAUCCGGGCUGUCAGAAUAAUGAAGUUCCACGUAGCAAAGAAGAAGUUCAAGGAAACGUUGCGUCCGUACGAUGUCAAGGACGUGAUUGAGCAGUACUCUGCAGGUCACUUGGACAUGCUGUGUCGCAUUAAGAGUCUGCAAACCAGGCUGGACAUGAUAGUAGGCCCACAGCCCCUGAGCAGCCGAGCCAAGACCUUUUCCUCCCCCUCCUUGCCCCUCUAUUACAGCCAGGGCAGAAAGAACUCCACCCAGGGAGUGGACCAAAUCCUCGGUAAGGGCCAGAUUCCUUUGGACAAGAAGAUUCGUGAGAAGUUGAUGUCUGAAGGAGAUCUCCUUGAGGACAUGAGCAUGCUGGGGCGUGUUUGUAAAGUGGAGCGACAGGUCCAGUCCAUUGAGUCCAAGCUGGACUCCUUGCUGGACAUUUAUCGGCAGGUGCUGCGCAAGGGCUCGUCCACGGCUCUCACCCUCUCGUCCCUCCCUCUGUUUGAGCUGGAGCAGACGUCGGACUACCAGUCGUCCGUCUUCAGCAAGGACCUGUCCUGCUCCAGCCAGGUCAGCAGCGGCAGCAGCGUCGUGCCGCCACCUGGUGGCUGUGUCCCACGCUCCUCCACCAACCCUCACCUGUCCCAAGGAGGACUCCAUCUCAUCUUGGCCGCACCCAAUGAGCUCAACCUCAGCCCGGCCACCAUUACACCUCCCUCUGGCCUUGGUUCCUCCCCGUUCAGCCCGUCAUCCUUGCCAAAUCACCUUUACCACCACCACCAUCAUCACCUCCAGGAUCAGUCCAGCACACCUGAAAGUGGCAAUGACGAAACAGCAGGAAGUUCUCCCCCCGUCCUCACACCAAACAGUUUCAGCAGCGGCGCGGGUGGAGUGGCUGAUUCCGGGUUUUGUCUUCUGGCGAGGCUUCCGCCACCACCGCCUAUGAACAGGAACGUAGGUCUGCGAGCUCCCUCCAAUGAAACUUCGCCUGACAUCGAAGACUUUUGCGGAGGAUUGGGAAUGCAAAUAAAGAAGAGCAGCAUUGUGGAGGAACUUAGCCCAGACUUGGGGCUCCAGCAGCUGGGAGGGCAUACAAACACCAAGGGCCGACUGAACGCCAAGGAGGAAAGCUCCUGGAGAAGGCAUAUGAGUCUUGAACUGGAGCCCCUGGUGCCUUCCACCUUAAACUGCUGCUCAGUCCCCAGCCACAUGGACCAGAGCCUUGGAAAGUCUAUGUCAGUGCAGGACUUGAUGCAGAUGGCCCAAGGCAGACUGCCGGACGCCCAAUGCGGCUCGCCCCCGGGCCGCGGUACGACCAACAUCUCGUCCGUCGGGUUCCGCAAAAGUUGCCAAGACCUCGGUGGAGACGGAAAAGGUGGCUGGGGGGACGAAGAUCUUUUCAUCGGCGACAGGGAAGUGAAGAUGCAGGAGUUCGAUUUCUUGUCACACGAGACAGUCGAGACUUCCCCCUACUCCUCAGAGCUCUCAGGGGUUCUGAGGAGAGCGGAGGUGAAGGCGGGAGGGUCACGGGGGUCAAACCACAGCCUGGCCACUGGUCACUCAUCCUCGCACGCUGCUGGCAGCACUGAAUUAAUCAAAAUGCAGCGCGUGCGCUUAAAAUAGAUCGUCAGACCUCAUGCAAGAAAAUCUUCUAUAAUUUUUUUUAAAAAUGUGAGCUUGAAGGCGCGAUUACACAGGAGUCGAUCACACCUGACUAGGUAGGUACAUGUAGGUCUUCAUUGUCAUUGCACAAGUAUAAAGAAACUUUGUUUUCGGCACAAACCCGUUCAAGAUUAGACAAACAAACAAUGUACAGGGUUACGGAAAAGGAACGCUGAUGAGUCGCCCCAUAAAAAAUGGGGAAAAAGGUAAAUGCUGAGGUAGGAUGAGUAAAAAAAAAUACAAUCUAGAGUCUGGAGUGGGGAAAAAAAACUCCAUAGCAAAGCACGUAUACAUAUUACAACAUCUCGAGACAACAGAGGAGGGGGGAGGGGGGCCACGGUGGCAGGCUGCAGCUCUUCAGGCACUGCCCAUCCAAAAUCACAAAACCGAAAACAAAUGUACAUGUCCUGACACUUUUUCAAUCCUGGAAACAAAUUUAGGUCUGGAAAAACAAUUGCAGUUGGUUCUAUUAAUGUUGACAACACACAUCGCAGUCUUCUGUGUUCUUCUCAUCACUAAGGCUACCAAACUCAGUACUUUUAUAGGUACCAACCAAAUUUCGUCGGUACUACCGAGUACCAAUUCAUAUAAAAUCGAACAGUACUAUAUUUUGACACCAUUGUUGUGCGUGACAAAGUGGUAGGUAAACUUGAGAACUCGGACAACCUCUAGGUAAUGUUGGAAUUGUUUCCAUGCCAACAAAGCAAACGUGCCAGAUAGAAUAUAAGUGGAGCCUUGCUGUUUUCAAAAUGGACUACUUCAACGCUAAUCUACAUUGCGUAUGGCAUAAAACAUGCUCCUAAUUAGUGAUUUUACAUUGCGAUUUCAACCGCCAAAUUUGGUAGGGAAAACAACAACUAAUAUGCACGUUAAAAUCGAUCAUCCGGUGUGUAAUCAUUACAAUACUUACAGUGUAAACACUUUGUAGAACUCUAAAGACAAGACUGGCACAUCCAACCAAAUGGCAAAGACUACUUCUAGGCAAAAGCAACACACCUUCAUCUAUAUACUAGUGCAGGGGUCCCCAUACUGAUUGAAAAAUUUGGUCGGGGGCUGUGCGUGUGUGUGUGUGUGUGUGUGUGUGUGUGUGUGUGUGUGUGUGUGUGUGUGUGUGUGUGUGUGUGUGUGUGUGUGUGUGUGUGUGUGUGUGUGUGUGUGUGUGUGUGUGUGUGUGUGUGUGUGUGUGUGUGUGUGUGUGUGUGUGUGUGUGUGUGUGUGUGUGUGCGUGUGUGUGUAUAUACAGUACAUAUAUAUAUAUACACAUAUAUAUAUAUGUAUGUAUAUAUAUAUAUAUAUACACACGUACAUAUAUAUAUAUACAUACACAUACAUACAUACAUAUAUAUAUGUAUGUAUGUAUGUGUAUAUAUAUUUAUGUAUGUGUCUGUAUAUAGGUAUGUAUAUGUAUGUAUGUAUGUAUGUGUAUAUAUGUAUAUAUAUGUAUAUGUCUGUAUGUGUAUAUAUGUAUGUAUGUGUAUAUAUAUAUAUAGAUAUAUGUAUGUGUGUAUAUAUAUGUAUGUGUAUAUAUGUAUAUGUAUGUGUAUCUAUAUGUAUGUAUGUGUGUGUGUGUAUAUAUAUAUACAUAUGUAUGUGUGUAUAUAUGUAUGUGUGUAUAUAUAUGUAUGUGUAUAUAUGCAUGUAUGUAUAUGUAUUUAUAUGUGUAUGUAUAUAUGUGUAUACAUGUAUUUGUAUGUAUAUAUAUGUACAUAUAUGUUCACGGUGGCAGAGGGGUUAGUGCGUCUGCCUCACAAUACGAAGUUCCUGCAGUCCUGGGUUCAAAUCCAGGCUCGAGAUCUUUCUGUGUGGAGUUUGCAUGUUCUCCCCUUGAAUGCGAGGGUUCCCUCCGGGUACUCCGGCUUCCUCCCACUUCCAAAGACAUGCACCUGGGGAUAGGUUAAUUGGCAACACUAAAUUGGCCCUAGUGUGUGAAUGUGAGUGUGAAUGUUGUCUGUCUAUCUGUGUUGGCCCUGCGAU